GUUAAUUCCAUUCACAUCAUAAUGGACAUGAUUAGUAUUGAGGAGAUUGAUGCUGGAAUUCGACCAUCAAAAAAUUAUACAAUUAUACGCCCAAGUUAUAUAAAUUCAAACUCAAUAUGUUAUGUUAUCGUAAUAAUAGCAACAUUAGCAUUUUUAGGAGCUAUUGUUUUUAUAUGUCGUGACUAUAUUAAAAUACUUCUUUGUUUAAUUGAACAUCAAAAUACUUGGAUAGUCACAAUAAUAAUGAUUACUCUUUUUACUGUUGUUUCCUUUCCCAUAGCCAUUGGAUAUUUAUUUUUAAUUAUUGCUAGUGGUUAUCUGUUUGGAAUUAUUCAAGGAAUAGCCAUGGUAGUACUUUCAGCUAAUCUUGGUAUUGCUAUUGCUCAUUUUGUUCUUGGAGCUCUGUCAUCUAGUUGCCCAAUCAGAUCACUUUUGCAAAGUGAUACUGCAAGAGCUAUACUUAGAGUAAUUUCAGGACCUCAAGCAUUUAAGGUUGUACUUUUUACAAGACUAACUCCAAUUCCAUUUGGCUUACAAAAUACAAUUUUUGCUGUAAGCAAUAUAAAAGGUAUAAGAUAUCAUGCAGCUAGUGCAGUUGGAUUGCUUCCAGCUCAAUUAAUUAAUGUCUAUUUGGGUAGCAGUUUGCGUUCUAUGCAAGAUGUUUUGGAAGACAAAUCAACAGCUACAACAGGAUACAUUGUAUUCUGCUUUCAGAUUUUAAUUGGUGCUUCAUUAAUGGUGUAUGUUGUUCAAAAAGCUAGAAGGGAACUUCACCUUGCUUUACUUGAAGCUGAUCUGGCAUCAGUAGCGGAAUCUCCACACUGUUUUCUUGAUACUUCAGCAGACUCUAAAAUAUUACUUAAUAAUUUAAUUACCUGAGUCUAUUAUUAAGAAGCAUGAAUUUCCAAAGAUUUUAAUUUUAAUAAUAGAACAGGUAUAUUGAAAAGAAUAUUAUAUCCAAAAAUAUUUAAAGUAUGUUCUGCAUUAUGAGUUAGCAAUUCUAGAAAAGUAUUAGCUAUUCUAAUCGUUAAAAAUAAUCUGUAAUUCUUUUCAAUGUAUCUGGAUAUGCUUUUUAUAUACUACUAAUUUUAAAUAUUUUUAACUUUAAACGCCUAUUACUUUCUAUUUCUUGCUACCCUAAACCGGAAUCAAGAAAGUGCCAACAUAUCUCAUUUUUAUAGUUUGCAUUUUAUAUGAGAUAUUUGCAUUUAUUUGGAAUUUGCUUUUAUUAUAUAAA